GAACAACUUCUCUCCAUCGAGUCUCCAGCCCAUGGCGAGUGCCUGUCAUGGCUCUCUUUUCCUCCCACCAAUGGCAAGACUUGGCGUUCAGGUCUCCGCGGCGGAGGCUGCUUCAAGGACUUUGCUGCCUGCUGCUCCUGCGCAGGGCUGCUUCCGCAAAGCGUAUGCUGCAGGAGGAGGAGGAGCUGCCCGAGUACGAGUUUGACAUUCUGCCAAGCGAUCGCUUGCGUGUGGGAAUCCACGAGAUCGUAACCGGCUGGUUCUACGUGAAAGGCAACUUCACGCUGGGCUCCUUGGGGGAUGUUGCCUAUGCCAGCCGGGAGAUGCUGGCAAACGCUUGCGACAGCAAUUUGCCGACGCUCCUCGUUGCAAGGCAAGACAUCCUCACGGUGAGCGCCCCACGUGUGGGCCUGAACAUGAGCUUCCAGAUCCUGGCGCCGCAGGGCUGGGCCCACUACUGCGUGCAGGCGCUGCGCUUCGCGGGCUUCGGGCCCACGGAGCCGCCCUUCGACACGACAGCCGCGCCGCCCAUCCGGCGGAUGAUGCAGGCUUCCCUUGAGCAGAACACGGUGCUUGACAUGGACAUGGAGACAUGGGUGAUUGAUCUCGGGGUCAGCUGCAGUGAGUGGCGGGUCUCCUACGGCCAAUCCGAAUCUCCGGCGGAGCUGCUGAAGAGAAGUUUGAUGCCGGCUCAAUGGCUUGGCAUGGAGGAGCCUUCUCCAUGCGGCUCUGUGGCAGUAAAGUGGACACCCUCUUCCUCCGUGAAGUUUCCCUGGGAGGACCAGCCAUGCCUGGCCGCUCCCACGCCAUGCAUUUGUGCUUCGAUUAAGACUUGCAGAUAUUUGACCCAUCCCAGCGGAGGGAAGCGCUGUGCAAGUGGCUGGGAAACAACCUUUGACCUCAGCCGGGUCUCCUGCGAGGAUUGCCCUUAUCAGCCGGACUGCCCGCCCACCUGUGAGGAUGCCUACACACCUUGCAUGUGCUCUUUCUGGAAUUGCACAUGGGAUGAAGGCAGCAACAGCUGUGCGCAGUUCGAUCCGGAAGCAGGCCAAUUGUCCUGCUACCUUUGCGCCAGGCAAUCCCAUUGCCUGGGGCUAACCGCGACUCAUGUGGAGCCGCCCCUGUGGUCAUACCUCGGCGAUGAUGAUGUGGGUUGGCUCAUCAACGUCACUUUCAACAGGCUGAUCCGCUUCGGGCCGUUGAUGGACUCGGAGCCCAGCGCGGUGCACUUCGGGUGCCAGAGCGAAGCUGAAGCGGGACAAGAUCCGCCGGUGGUGGUCCAGUUCGACUUGAGCAUGGAGUAUCUGCACAUCCGCGAGGACGUCUUGGUGGUCGAUGCUCACGCAGUGCCGAAUCCCUUGAAGCUGCGAUUCUGCCAACUCACCAUCUAUCCUGGGGCAAUUAUAGAUCCGUACUUCAUCCCUUUUAGAGGGACGUGGACUUCGCAUUGGUUUAUGCUUGGAGACACCGUUGCGCCUGAUCUACUGACGCUGUUGCCAGACAACAGCGCCCGGGACAUAGCACUGGACGUUACGGUGCGCUUGGGCUUCAGCGAGCACAUUUCCUUGGGCCCGGCCAUCAACGGGUCCGUGGUGCUGGUGGCUUUGGGCGGCCAGGGGUUUUCCUCGGGCCCGGAGAACGAGCUGCUGCAAGUCUUCAAAGCGGAUAGGCUCAGAAUGGAUGGGAGCAUUCUAUACUUGGAGCUCGGCGGUUUACUGAAGCAUGACCAGUUCUACUCCAUUGGCAUUGGAACAGAUGCCGUUCAAGACAAGGUGGGCAACAACUUUGCGGGAUUGCCCACUGGCAUCUAUGCCUUCCGGACAGUGCCCAGAGACGCGACAGUGCUGAAGCUUUCAGAUGGCAUCUCCGCCGCUGCCAUUGCAACCGCCGCUGUUUUCACCGUGGUGCUUUGUGCAGCUCUUGCCAUUGGCGUACUGACGCUUUGGCGGCGGAGAAAGCGGAACGCCGCCGUGGAGCCUGCGACGGAGGAGCUGGACACGGAUGAGUUCGAGGGCAUGAAGGAGAUGCAAGACCUGGAGACUUGGACCGGCACCGAGGACCUGGAGGAGCUCUUGGAGGACUUGAAGGCAGUACACCAUUUUACCCGACCGGAGGCCAAGGAGGAGGAGAUUCAAGUUGUCACGUACCAGCCACCCUUAGAUGACAGCUACUACGCCACUGUUGCGCCGCCCCUUUCGGCUGAGAGCAGCACGGUACUGGAGCCGGACAUGAGUGUGGUGCACCAGGCCAGACCCCAGAGCGCGAAGGUGGUUUUGAGCGAGGUGGUGCCGCCGGAGGUGAUCGAGUACUAUGCCUUUCCUCCACCCUGGACGGCUGAAGAGCUUGCAUGCCCUCCUUCUAGUCCGCCCGCACUGCUCGAGCAGCUGAAAGCGCCUGUCAAUCCUCCUCAGGACGGAGCCGUUCAUGCGAAUGAGCUUGUGCCGAUCUUGGAGUCUGACGUGGGCAAUGCGAGCCCUCCGCGGUCCAGACCGGUCUCCGCGCACGAAGGGGGCAGGCUGCUGAUCCGCAGCCUCUACGAGAGCUCCCGGCCGACCUCCGCGCCGAAGGCCCGGAGGCCGCAGAGCGCGCCCUCGCUGCGGGUCCAGGAGAAGCUUCUGCAGAGCCAUGGCGCCGUGGUUUUUCGGGAGUGCGACUCCAAGCUGCAGUCUCAUGACGCUCACUUAGAUCCACGCAGCCGGCCGCAGAGCGCGUCGCGGCUCAGAUCGCCGAGCGCUGCGCAGCUGAGACCCGGAAGCGCCUCGCGGCCGCAGAGCGCAGUGCGCCCAAGCCGACCGCAAUCGGGACUUCGAGCGAAGACUGGCAGACCUCAGAGCGCUUCCAGGAUGGACAGCCACGCCCGCAGAAGAGCUGCGCGGGCAAAGACCGCGCCCCUUGCUGCAGUGGAGGAGCCGAUGGCGCUUGAGAGGAGCGAGCAGAUGGAGACGUCGACUCCCAAUGCUGACAGCCGCAACGACUCCCAAACCAACCAGGAGAGCAGCGUAGCGCAGGCCCAGGGCAUCAGCGAGAGCCCAAAGGAGAACGGCAUCAACUUAGAGGAAUUGCGACAGCUUGGCCUGGUGAGAGAGAUGCCAGCUGCGAUCACGCGCGACCACCGACCAAGACUGUCGCCAAAUCCCAGGCCGCAGGAGGAGAGCCUUGCGCAGGAGUCCGAUUUGCACUCAUGGGAGACCACCUUGAAGCGGAAGGUUGCUGUGCUGCAGCCUGAAAUCGCAAUUGAUGGCGACAACGAGGAGAGCGCUUCGUCACCUGGGGGCAUCGGGAUACCAUGGACCUGGCAGGAAAACUUGCUGGAGAAGCGUGGCUCAGAUGUCCAAGCCAUGAGCAACUUGUCUCCAAGCCAUCAGUCUUACCUCUGGGAGUUCCAGGCGCCAGAGGUCCCCAGGCGCAAGGCUGCAGAUCGGCAACAGGGCAGCCCGUUGGCGCGGCGGCACAUGGCGCUGGGCAUCAGAAGCCGUUCAAGCAUGCAAAGGAGCACUUCCAUACCAAGCCUACCAAGCCGAUUGGAUUUGGACGAUGAUGAUGAUGAGGAGGUUGAGUACAUCGCCGAGAUUGUAGACUAGUAUUUGGCAUCGCCUGAACCACUUCAACACCUGGAAUUCAGGUGAAUUGAUG